GUUGCAGCUGGUGGGCGCGAAUAAUUAAACCCCCACCGAAACUCCCGCCGGGAUAACACUCCAACUUUCUCUUGGGAGAAACCAAACGUUUUGCCAGAGAACGCCAGAGCGACGUGGGGAAAUUUGGCCCUGAUAUAUGUCAGUGUGUGUCAGUCGCAUAUAAGUAGCUCACAAGUCGCAGGAUCGCCAUUCCUAAUCCUGGACGUUAUUGACAAGAUGAAGUUGUUUGUUUACAGCAUCAUCUCAGCAUUCCUCCACAUUUCCAUAUUGCAGCAAGUCUGCUGCCAAAAUCCCAGGAGCCACUGGACUCUGCUCCCCAACAUUCUACUUGUGGAGGUGGAUGGCUCUGUGGGCCAGCAGCCCCUGAGCUGCCUGGAGUCACCAGAAGAGCUGAUGAGGAGAGACAAUAAAACUCAGGAUAUUUUUUGGAAGAAGGAUGGAGUACAGGAAGCGCAGAGAGGGAACUCAUACCUAGUGCAGCUGGAGGAAAGCUUAGGAGGAGGUAACUACACCUGUCACAGCAAGGACGGAUCACUCAUCAAUCACACUGUGGUCCUGAUCCAAGAGGAGGAAACCCAGAGGAGGAAGAUUCUUGUGAAAACUGAUCAAGAAGAUUAUUUGAGAUGCUCUGCUCAAAAUUACAACGGAGAGUUCCACUGCUCUUGGACCUGGCACAGAAGUCGCGUUGGCAAAGUAGCAUUUAUCAAAGCUCGGCGCAUUGCUGACAAGGAUGACACCCAGUGCUCUGUGGACACCAGUGUCCAGCGUUGGAAGUGCUCCUCAGGUCAGAGUAACUUCAGCUGUACAGUAGACAGGAGCGGUGAUGGGAUCUCCUGUCAGGAUGAGAAGCACUGCCCAUAUGCUGAGGAGAGCCAGCAAGUCUAUAUCACUGUCUAUGUGAGGACUGAGCACUUUCUGGUGGAGAACUACUCCAAACACUUCUUCCUGUCGGAGAUAGUGAAACCUGACAAGGUGAGAAUCAGCAAAGUCAACAAGACAAUGAUAAAGUGGAGUUACCCAAGCUCCUGGAGCAGUCCCUAUUCCUACUUCCCUCUCACUUUCCAGAUUAAACAGCUAAGGGGGGUAUGCAAAAGGUGUGACAAUCCAUGUGCUGACUCAAAACCCACAAAGAACUUGACAGUCCAGUCUACAGACAUUUGUCAGUUUGAAGUCAAACAUAAGGCCAAGGCUGUCUGUGUCCGAGCCAAGGAUGCUCUCUGUAACUCACAAUGGAGCGAGUGGAGCCACUUCAGAUUGAGAAGAGGCAAGAAGAACAAAAAGAACAAACGUCUUUAAAACAAAAAAUGAGAAGAACAGAGGGGCAAGAUUCCAAAUUCAAAUUCCAAAAGUUUUUUGUUUAUUUAUGUGAUUUUAUAUAUUUCUAUUUAUCUUAUGGUGCUUGUAAUAUUUAACUGCUCUCAGUGAUUAGUGAAAAAAUAAAGUGAAUUCAGACACA